GUUCAAAUGUUCGAUGUAAUUUAUAACUCCCCUCUCAUCAUAAUUUAUGUUUUAUUUUUUUUCUAAAUUAAAAUCAAAAAAUCAAUAAAUUAAUCAAUUAAAUUAAAAUUGAACCAUCAUUAUGGCUCGUAUCAGGGAUGAAUGGGAUCGAUUAAUCGAACUGUUCAUAGAGGUAGCAAUACCACAAUCAAAUUCUAAUGAUACAAAUAAUAAUAAUAAUGGUGAUAAUAAUACGAAUAAUGGACAUGGUGAUGAUGAUGAUGAUGAAGAACCAUGGAUUUUACGCACAUAUCCAACUGAUUAUUCAAAUCGUGAAGUUCUCAAUUCAGUACCACAUUUUGCCUAUCCAUGUCCUUUUAAAUGCGAUGUGAUUACUCAUUUUUCAUUUGUAUUGACAAAUAUUAAAUCAAAAUGGACAUUUGGUUAUUGUCGUUAUACUCCUGAUAAUAAUACCUGUUUGGUUAUACUCAGCGAUCUACCUUGGCAUUCCACAUUUUAUAAAAUAUUAGAUCAUUGUGCCGAAUUGGCAACCCGUAAGUCUCGCAUUCCGUUAGAACGAUUCUUAGAAUCAUUGUACACAAGUGAUAUACCACAACCUGGAUUACAGCUGACCAUUACGUAUACGGUAGAGGAUAUUAAAUUAAAAGAAUUCAAUGUUCCAUGUCCUGAUCAUCAUAAAUUACCAUCGAUUCCCGAAGAUCGUAACAUUACUGAAUACUAUAAUGCCAUAUCAUCAAACAAUAUGAUUGCUAUAUUUGCAUCAAUGUUGAAUGAACGACGAAUCGUAAUGACAUCUGAACGUUUAAAUCGAUUAUCGGCCUGUAUACAGGCUGCAAACAUGUUAAUCUAUCCAAUGCAUUGGCAACAUAUUUUUAUUCCACUAUUACCACGUACCUUGAUUGAUUAUUUGACGGCACCGAUGCCUUUCCUGAUCGGUGUUCCACAACAAACUUUUGAUCGAAAUGUUCGAUUAGCCGAAUUGGGUGAAAUUGUUGUAUUAAACGUUGAUACAGAUCAAUUGACAACACCAUUCGAUGAUGUUUCCACUAUACCAAGUGAUGUAUUACAUCAUUUACGUAAAUGUUUAAAACAACAACAAUCAGCAGCAUUACUUGGUGAUGGUUUAAAUCGUGCUUUUUUACGUGCACUUGUCAUGUUAAUCGGUAGCUAUCGUGAAGCUCUAACAUUUGCUCAUGGACAACAGAUAACAUUUGAUCGUGAAGCUUUUGUAUCAAGUGUACGAGGAACAUCACGUCAAUUGUUUCUUGAAAAUAUGUUACAAUUACAAAUAUUUCAACAAUUUAUAGAAUCAAGAUUAGAUAUGUUGAAUCGUGGUGAACGUCAUAUUGAUCAAUUUGAAAUUGAAUUAAAUUAUGCUGAACAUAAUGGUGGAGCGGCUGCAGCAGCCAAUAGUCGUUUUCGAAAUCAAUAUCGUGAAUGGACGGCAACCAUGCGUAAGGAAGGUGGCGCUUUUCUUCGUUCUGUCAAUCCUCGAGUUAAAUCAGCAUUAUCACAAGGUCGACAAGCUAUUCGACAAUUACGACAAAAAAUGGCCAAUAAUGGUUCGGUCAACGGUUCAAUUAAUCAUUUAGAUAGACCAAAUAGUGAACCAAGUAGUCCAAAAUUACCACCAAUUAUUAAAAAAUCAAUAAGUGGUACUUUUGUUCCAACUUCAACAAGUAGAACGGUUACCUAUGUUCGAAAUCCUUCGUCACAAUAUUCAACAAAUACAAAUCGAACUGCUAUUACCGGGACGAGAUCGAUAUCAAAUGGACAAAGUGGAAUUCAAACAAAAAAUGGCUAUCUAGCACCAUCGAUAGCUUCAUCAGAAUCAUCGGACAUUGAAGAUACGGAUGUAUUCACUACACCACCAUCGACUUUAAAUCCAUCAGUCAAACAUAAUCGAGCACAAUCCGAACAACCAAUGUCAACUACUUUACGACAACAUUUAGAAUGUUUAGCUAAUCAACAAACAACAAAUCAAGAAUCAUUGCGAACAAAAAUGACAAACGGUUAUCCAUCUGAUGUUUCAAAUAAUCAUUUACCGGUUCCACCACCACGUAAUACUACUAGACCAACUCUUAAUUUAUCUUCAUCAUCGACAAGUGGUAACGAUCGCCAACAACAACAACCUUGUCUUAUUGAAUUUGAUUCACCACCACGAGAUUUGGCUAAUAACGAUGGUUCGAUACAAACAUCAGCAUACAAAACAUCAUCAUGUUCCAAUCAUCAUCUUAUGUUUGAUCCUUUACUUGAAACAAAUAACAAUAAUAAUUUAAAUUCAGUUAAUCAUCAACAUGAUCAUGAACCUUAUGAACAUUUAUUAAUGAUGGAUUCAUCAUCGGUAUCACCAUCACAAUCAUCAUCAUCAACAACAAUUCAACCAUUACAUAUAAACAAUUCAAAUUUUUAUGUUAGCUCAAAACCACCGGUUGUACCGGCAAAGUCAAAAUCGACAACACGAUCUUCAAACGGUAGUAAUAGUGGUGGUGGUGGAACAUCUAAUAACAAUCAUAAUCGUUAUGGUUGGCAAAUGUUCGAUUGAUUGAUUGAUUGAUUUUCAAUCAUCUGUAAAUAUUUGAUAAUGUAAUGAAUUUGUUGAAAUAAUAAAUUAAUAAAUGCAUGAAUUAUG